UUUUUUCACUUCUCCAAUUCGACUCUAAAAACUUCAAUUCAAAAUGUCUGAUUGGUCGCAUCAUUCUCAAAACGAAUGGGGAGAGCAGUUUCCCAUCUCGGUCAGGGGCAAACGCCAGAGUCCCAUCGACAUCCGGGUAGCAGACGCCACCAAAGAGGAUAAAGCCCCUUUCAAACUGGAACUCCUGUCUGGAGAUGUGAAAGCACAUUGGACAUUGUCAAACAAUGGUCAUACUAUUGUGGUCAAGCCACCAGCAGGAGUCCAGUGGCAGCUUUCAGGCGGAGUCCUUGAAGGUACCUAUGUUCUGGAUAGUUUCCACUCGCAUUGGGGUCACGCCGCUGGACACGGAUGUGAACACCUUCUGGACGGUCAGAAGUUUGAUGGCGAGACUCAUUUUGUGUUCAAACUGACUCCCGACAUCGCGACAGUCGAGGACAAGUUCGUAGCCUACGGAAUCAUGAUGAUGGAGGCUCCCGAGACCCAUCCUAAAGCCAAGGCUAUCAUCGACACUGUGGGAGCCAACUUGUCCAAGAUCGUCGCUUGCGGCUCCUCGACUCAGAUCCCAGGACUCGACUUGUCGGCGGUUGCUGAAACUAACAAGGGUAAAGAGUACUUCGCCUACAAGGGAUCCUUGACCACACCUCCGUUCGCAGAGGCAGUGCUGCAUGUUGUGUUCAAGGAACCCUUGCCGAUUGCAAAAUCAGUUUUCGAUCAGUUGAGGAGUCUUGUUGACUCUGAGGGAAAGAAGUGCACUAUCAACUACAGAGGAAUUCAGCCUCUCAUGGGACGAAAAAUCCAUCACUGCGUUGCAUAAAAGUGAAAAAAGCAGAAAAGGGACCAAAACUAGUUGUAGAUUGGUGUAAGAUGAGGUGUAAAUGUUGUAAAGAGAGAAAGUAUUUACCUAACAAUAAAUUAUAUUCGUGAUAACUAAUAUACAAAGAAAAGAAUAGUUCAUGCCUUC